GUUGACGUUGGUUGCGAUUCAGUCAGUCCCCCAAAAAUGACAAUAUUACAAUUGCUGCAAAGAUGAAAAGUAGCACCUAAGAGUUCAUUAAAAUGUCAGCCCUUUAAUAAUCUGUUUUUGGUAACAGACAAUGGCACGCGCCCCUUCGUGUCCCGGUGACGUCCGUGAUGUACUCUGACCAUGAAGCUCAGUCAUGUGAGGUGGAAAAUGUUCGCUAUGCCUGCAAUGUGCACUUAGCAACGCCCCCCCCCCCCCCCACACACACACACUUGAGCCCCCAAACAAACGUCCUCACAUGGACGCACCGGAGAGGGGGCCGGGGGGGGGGGGGUGCAUGUCAACUAUAAAUGUAGCUAAACUGCAAGGGUGGCUGCCGCCAAAGAGGCUGACAACGCAGCCCCGAGGUUCAAUUCCUCAAAGUGUUGCUAUGCCGUGGCUGCUCUCGUCCCCGUCGCAGCCCCCGACCCCGUCCGCCUCCCAGCGGCACUGCGAACGCACCGCCUUCGCCUUCUACUGCGCCGUGCGGGACCGACUUCCGGCAUGGCUGCUGGAGGACAUGCGCAGCAUGGAGGCCUUCCUGUGGGACGACGGUCACCCGCGCUCCUUCUCGCCCGCCGACGCGCUCAUGUACGCGCUGGUGCACGACCACCAAGACUACGCGCGCUACCUCCUCCGCAGCUUCUCGGUCAAGGCAGUCCACCUCUCGCAAUGCGGCGUGUGCCAAAGCAGCGGCGCGGCGCAUCUGCAUGUGGCGGUCCGCUACAACCGCAGCGCCAUCCUGGCUUUGAUGGUGGACACGUUGAAGGCCUCGGCGCCCGAAGGAUGGCGGCGGGAGUAUCUGAACAGCUGCGGGGGCUGCACGCACGGCGACGGCGGCAAGACCGCCGUGCAGCUGGCGGUGGAACUUUCGCGCGCCGAUUGUCUGCUGCUUCUUCUCGUGCACGGAGCGCAGCCACCCGCUUUGGACGCAGCCCUGGCGCGACUGGCCGGUUCCGGCGUGACUGAGCGGCGGGACGCCCGGCGCUGCCUGGACCUGCUGCUGCUCUUUGCGCCGGAACCGCUGACUCUUCCCCGUCUGCGGGAUGAACCGCAGCGCUGGCGAAGCCUGCUGGGAUGGGACGUGUUUGCCUGGUUGAGUGGGCUGGCACCGCCGCCACUUCUGCUCCAGGCACUCAGGACUUUAGCCCGAUCCGUCCCAGCUCAAAUGAACCAGUUGCCCGCUUUCCUGCAGCCCCAGCGUGAGCUGAGACUGGACUCUCCGUUUCCGUCGAAACACACCGACGCAUGAUGGCGUCUGCGAUGACGUGAACCGUCUCGUUGUCCUUGACUUUGGACCGCGAGCCCAUGGACUGUACUGUACAUUUCUGUCUUUUAUUAUUCUGUAAUAAAGUGAAAACACUCAACUAA